AGUCUUCGAGGAAUCCUUGCAGUGUUGAGACGUGGCCAGAAGAUUCGGUUGCCGGAGGUGUAUCUGAGUUCUGUUAAACAGGAAAAACUCCAUUGUGGUGAAAAUUUUUUUUCACAAGGUCAAUUUCAGCAGUUUUCCAGCAAUUUUCACUAGAUUUUUUUGGUGGUUUGUGGUUUGUGUGCUAUUUUGAAGAGUGUUUUAGCUGAACACUCUUCCCCAAAAUCCGGAUUCUUUCUGAUUUAUGGAAUUAGUGAUUUUUCAACGACCUUGAAAUGGUCACAGAAAAUGGAACUCAGUCUGAUGGAAACACCUCAUUUCUUCGAGCGGCACGAGCCGGCAACCUUGAUAAGGUGCUCGAGCAUCUGAAGAACAACAUAGACAUCAAUACAUGCAAUGCUAAUGGCCUCAAUGCCCUACAUUUGGCAUCAAAAGAUGGGCACGUUCAUGUUGUGGCAGAGCUGCUGCGACGAGGCGCCACCGUGGACAGUGCCACGAAGAAAGGGAAUACAGCACUGCACAUUGCAUCACUUGCUGGACAGGAGGAGGUGGUGAAGUUGCUUUUGCAACACAGUGCGUCCGUGAAUGUGCAAUCCCAGAAUGGUUUCACGCCCUUGUACAUGGCGGCCCAGGAGAAUCAUGAUUCAGUGGUGAAGUUAUUGCUGGCAAAUGGUGCCAAUCAGAGCCUGGCAACUGAAGAUGGCUUUACACCACUGGCUGUGGCAAUGCAGCAGGGUCAUGACAAAGUUGUAGCUGUUCUCCUGGAAAGUGAUACACGAGGAAAAGUUCGCUUGCCAGCACUUCAUAUUGCCGCCAAGAAGGAUGACGUUAAAGCUGCAACUCUUCUCCUUGAGAAUGAUCACAAUCCGGACGUGACAUCUAAGUCAGGCUUUACACCACUUCAUAUCGCAUCUCACUAUGGGAAUGAAGCAAUUGCCAAUUUGCUGAUUCAGAAGGGGGCAGAUGUGAAUUAUGCAGCUAAGCACAAUAUAAGCCCCCUUCAUGUGGCAGCUAAAUGGGGCAAGACCAACAUGGUGUCCUUGUUGUUGGAAAAAGGCGCUAAUAUUGAAAGUAAAACCCGUGAUGGACUAACACCACUUCACUGUGCUGCACGCUCGGGUCACGAGCAAGUGGUGGAUAUGCUGUUGGAACGUGGUGCUCCUAUCAGUGCAAAGACAAAGAAUGGCUUAGCACCAUUGCACAUGGCUGCCCAAGGAGAGCAUGUAGAUGCUGCCCGGAUUUUGCUAUACCACCGAGCUCCUGUGGAUGAGGUGACUGUGGACUAUCUCACAGCUCUUCACGUGGCAGCUCACUGUGGACACGUGCGUGUGGCCAAAUUGCUGCUGGACAGGAAUGCUGAUGCGAACGCUCGCGCUCUCAACGGUUUCACACCAUUGCAUAUUGCGUGCAAGAAGAAUAGGAUCAAGGUGGUGGAACUGCUGCUGAAGCAUGGCGCCAGCAUCAGCGCCACAACGGAGAGUGGUCUAACACCUCUCCAUGUGGCCUCCUUCAUGGGAUGCAUGAACAUUGUGAUCUACUUGCUUCAGCACGACGCCAGUCCCGAUGUACCAACCGUUCGUGGUGAAACUCCGCUUCAUCUGGCAGCGAGGGCUAAUCAGACUGACAUCAUACGGAUUUUACUGCGAAACGGUGCCCAGGUUGAUGCACGAGCUCGUGAACAGCAGACCCCACUUCAUAUUGCUUCACGCCUCGGGAAUGUUGACAUUGUCAUGCUACUUCUUCAGCACGGAGCCCAAGUGGAUGCUACCACCAAGGAUAUGUACACAGCACUUCACAUUGCGGCCAAGGAGGGCCAAGAUGAGGUUGCUGCUGUGUUGAUUGAGAAUGGUGCAUCUUUGGAUUCAGCUACAAAGAAGGGCUUCACUCCACUUCAUCUGACAGCCAAGUACGGAAAUAUCAAGGUGGCUCAGUUGUUGCUGCAGAAGGAUGCUCCUGUUGAUGCACAGGGCAAGAAUGGUGUGACUCCACUUCAUGUGGCCAGUCACUAUGAUCAUCAGAAUGUGGCACUGUUGUUGCUGGAAAAGGGUGCAAGUCCCCAUGCUACGGCCAAAAAUGGUCAUACUCCACUUCAUAUUGCAGCCAGGAAGAAUCAGAUGGAUAUUGCUACGACUCUGUUGGAAUAUGGUGCUCAGGCUGAUGCUGAGAGCAAAGCUGGAUUUACACCACUCCAUCUCAGUGCACAGGAAGGACAUGGGGAUAUGUCAACGUUGCUGCUGGAACAUAAGGCGGAUGCCAAUCAUCAGGCCAGAAAUGGUCUAACGCCAAUGCAUCUCUGUGCCCAGGAGGAUAAGGUCAAUGUGGCUGAGAUUCUUCAGAAGGCUGGAGCAGACAUCAAUGCGGUCACAAAGGCCGGCUACACUCCUCUUCAUGUGGCAUCUCACUUUGGGCAGGCCAAUAUGGUGCGUUUCUUGGUACAGAACGGUGGACAGGUGGAUUCAUCCACUCAGAUUGGCUACACACCGCUCCAUCAGGCCUCCCAGCAGGGACACAUUCACAUUGUCAAACUCCUGCUGGAGAACAAUGCUGAUCCCAAUGCUGAAACUCAAAAUGGUCAGACACCACUUCAUAUUGCACGCAAACUGGGCUACAUCAGUGUUCUGGACUCCCUAAAGGCAGUGACAGAUGAGAAAUCAUCUCCAGUGCAGACAACAACUGGUGAUGAAAAGUAUCGUGUUGUAGCUCCGGAGGCAAUGCACGAAACCUUCAUGUCAGACUCGGAGGAGGAAGGAGGUGAGGACACUGUUUUGAGUGAUCAGCCGUAUCGCUAUUUGACAGUGGAUGAAAUGAAAUCUCUGGGUGAUGAUUCACUGCCCAUCGAUGUGACCCGAGAUGAGAGAAUUGAUUCCAACAAAAUGGUUCAGAGUACAGAUUCGGCUCAAAUGCCACCAACUGCUCUUGAGGAUAGCAUUAGUCCUCAACAUGCUAAUAUUGUGGGACGUUCUUACACCGACGGCAAGUACAUCCCCGAUAACAUCAACAUUGAGAGACAUCCUCAGCAUUUUGGAAAACUUCACUGGAAAAAUUGGGUGAAUUCCAGUUUCCUGGUGUCAUUCCUUGUGGAUGCACGUGGUGGAGCGAUGAGGGGAUGUCGUCACAGUGGUGUACGUAUCAUUGUACCAGCUCAGUCAGCUGCCCAACCAACAAGGAUCACUUGUCGCUAUGUCAAGCCCCAGAGAACUAUGCAUCCACCCCAGUUGAUGGAGGGUGAAGCUCUGGCCAGUCGUGUUUUGGAAUUAGGUCCUGUGGCAGCCAAAUUUCUCGGUCCCGUGAUUAUGGAAGUGCCGCAUUUUGCGUCAUUGCGUGGGAAGGAGCGCGAAAUUGUCAUCUUGCGCUCUGACAAUGGGGAAACAUGGCGUGAGCAUACCGUGGAGAAUGCUGAUGAGAUCAUCCAUGAUGUUCUCAAUGAGUGCUUUGAGCCAGAAGAUUUGAACCAGUUGGAUGAUUUGGGUGGUGGACGAGUAUGUCGCUUUGUCACCUAUGACUUCCCACAGUACUUUGCUGUGGUGUCACGCAUUCGUCAGGAGGUGCAUGCCAUUGGGCCAGAAGGUGGAAUGGUGUCAAGUACUGUUGUACCACAGGUGCAGGCUGUCUUCCCGCAAGGUGCUCUGACCAAGAAGAUCAAAGUGGGACUUCAGGUAAAUCUAUUUAAGCCGCGUAAAGGUGUGGCACCGGAAAAAUUGCGAAAAAUUAGUGUCAAUCAUGUGCCCAAAAAGAAGCGUUUCUCCCUUAUUUGGUAGAAAUGGCCAGAUUUACACCAAAAGAACAAACCAAAAAAAAAAGAAGAAUCCAUUCAGUCCAAUCUUCUAUUUAGAGAUUUUUUUUUAUUUUCUAAAUGGAUUCUUUAAUUAAAGAUACCAUUGAUGAAAUCUCUCCAAAUAUUGAUUUAAAAUUAACCAAUACAAUGAAAAAUCAAACUGCCACUUAUACAUAUUUAAUCCAAUAUAAUCCAUAUUUAUAAAAAAAUAUCCUAAUCAUACAGUUUGUUCUAUUUUUAGCGCAACUAAUGGGUUUAAUAGUGUUAAUGAAAAGCAUUUCAUAUAUUCGGUAAUUUACUGGAAAUCGAUAAUUUUAUUUUAGACCAAUUUCGUAAGAGAAAUUUUGUAUUUUUACGUGAAUUCUGACAACUCAAACUAAUUAGUAAGAUAGAAAUUUUAAUUCAUAGACUUUAUAAUUUUUUUUAAAUCAUUUAAACAGAAAAAAUCGCACUAAUGGGAUAAUUACUUAUGUGGAAAAAUUUUUAAAAUCUCAAUGAAAAAGUUAAAAGUUCUUCUUAGGGGCUCUAAUGCAGCUCUUCGAGAAUAGUCUGUAAAAUUGCAGGUUUGUGAAAUUACAGGUUGAGUUAAAGAUUCUCAAGGAGCAGCUUAAACCUAUUUAUUUCGACUCAAAAAGCCUCAAAUAAUAAUCCAUGAAAAAUCAAGGGGCAAACAACUGACCAAAGUUUCAUGUCGUAGAAUCAAUAUUCACAAAAUAUUCACAAUUUUAUAUGCGAAGAAGAAAAUAUUCGAAUAUUUCCCUAAAUAUUCGCAAUAUUCAGGAAUUAUUCGCGAUAUUCACAGUAUUCAGGGAUUAUUCGCGAUAUUCGCAAUAUUCAGGAAUUAUUGGCGAUAUUCGCAAUAUUCAUGAAAAAUGCCAAUAUUCGCGAUAUUCACGUUUGUAGAUGUUCUAGACUCACGAGUUGUUUCCCCCUUGUGAAAAAUUUGCAACUCUUGGCUGUGAAAGUUUUUCAAUUUCAAUUGGAUUUUAGCUCGUCAUUAUGAAAAUCCUGAAACAUUAAGUGACUUUUGCAGUUGUGAAACACAUGAGAGAAUGUUCUGUGAUUUUUCUCGUAUUUUUUUAUACCCAUAGAAGGAUUAUUCCAUCCUUUUUGAUACUAAAUUCAACUAAGACUUUCCAGAGAGAGAAAAAAACAGCAAUUAAAUGGGCAGAAAACUUGAAUUCUCUUGAUUUAUCCUUAACUUUUUACGACGAUUCGAGAAUGGAAGUUCUCUUCAUCAGCUUUCGAAUUUGGAGGAAAAAUUACGUACAAGCGGGGAAAUUUGCUGCUGUACUUUACUUGGAACUUUAUCACAAUUUUCCACUUCGAAAUUGGCUAUUCAAAAGAUUAAAAAGACAUGGAAUGUCAGAAUGUUCUGCGUCAGUCCUUUUACUGAUGCCUUUCAAAGUGUAAAGUUGUGGUUAAGUCCAAGUAAAGUCCAAAAAUUCCAAAUUGGAAACCCGAUCCAUCGUCGAAAUAUCGUGAACAAUUCAAAUGAAAAAAAUCAGAGAAGGUCUAAUGAGGAAUGAAAAGAUCCGUUUUAACACAAAAUUUGUAAGGAUGAGGGGAAGUUUAAGAUUUUAUAAUAUUUAAAGGUUUGAACUUUCUAAAUUCUUUACCACCUUGACUUUAAAAAACCACUUCCAAAAAUGAUUUUAGAACUUUUUAAUAAUCUUUUAUGGACUAAAAGGUUUCCAAGUUUCUAAAAACGGAACCGGGGCAAAAUUAGACAGUGAGAUGUUAUAGUUUGUCUCAGAAGUACAAUUGUACGUACAAACGGUACAAACUAUUUAUUCAGAAUAAACACUUCCCUCCUUAUUGAUUGAAAUCUUUAUCAGUUUCAUUCACUGGGGCAUCAUUGAACAUGGGGUAGCACCAAACACUGAUUUUUAUUUCUAAACUAUUUGGAAAACCAUGACGACUAGUUGUAAACAGUGAACUAGUAUCUGCAUAGUAUUUAUGAAUUUAUAUAGAUUUCGUCCUGUGAAGUGUAAUAUCUAAUUAAAAAAGCUACCCCGUGUUCGGUGGUGCCCCAGUUCCUCCUUUUACUUUCUUGUUUUUUAUAAAUUUCAAUGAAAAAUGAAAAGGAGAAAUCUCUGUCACUACUCACGACUGUUUCCUAUCAUGAGUCGUCGUCAUGUUCCAAACCCACCAAAUAAUCGUGACACAAACCAAUAAAAAGAAAAGUCUUGAGAACAGUCAUGUACUAAAAAAAUGUUUAAGAGAAAGUUUUCCCUUUUUCAUUUUCUAUUGAAAUAGUAUCAUAUUUUUACUCUGAUCUCUUUAUCGCGUCAUCUCAUUCCGUAAUUUGUACAACUGGUUUUGCAAAAGUUUUAAAAUGUUUUCAAAUGUCUUAUUAAAUCUAACAUACGCCUAGUACUAAAUUUUAAUUCUGCGUUUAGUACAAGUCGAGUGAUAUGUGAGGUGAGAUAACAAAAAAGAAGAAUUAAAGAUAUUUCUUUUACUGAAUUAUUCAUUAUAAUAACAACUAAAAUUUCUCUAAAAUUUACUAUAUCAUGGUACCUCCGGACAACUCAAGCUUCUGACAAGUUAUUUGCUGCUCGAACUCAAAGAGAGAGCAUUUAUAUAAUCCACUUUUUCAACUUGUGACACGGCUAGAAGCCAUUAUUUAGAACAAUCUUUUUUGCCCCAUUUUCAACCAUGUUUUUUUGUUUGUUUCGAAAACGGUUCCUAAGAUUUUUUUCCUUUUCGAAUAUGUUUUAGAGGUAAUCAAGACGAAAUUUCGUCCUUGGACACCUAUGUUAGAAAACCAUUUCGAUAUCUAAUUUUCAAAGGUCAAAUUUAAACCACUUUGGAGGACCUUUUCUUUUAAUUUUAUCAACAAUUUAAUCGGUAGUAGACCAUUUACCCAAAAAGCAUAUGAAAAAAUAAUACACGGAUAUUGUUUUUUAUAAUAUAAUAAUGAAUCAAUUUCAUUGUAAACAUAUUGAAGAAAUGAAAUGUUCGAAGCUUGAAUCGUUCGAAUGUAUCGCGCUUUCCUUUAAAGGUUUUACCUUAAAAAUAUCCUUAUUUGCAGUUAACAGAAAAAUUUUGAUUAAAAAACAUCAGAUUCGAAAGUUCAAAUAAAAAUCUGUGAAAUUAAGGGAUUUUAGACCAACGAAUUGAACCCAAAAUAACAUUUAAUCACGUCAAAAAAUAUCGCUCUUUUUAACGUUAAUGAUAACAUAGAGAGAAAAAAAAUUUAAAACAAGUAAAAUUUUGUAUAAAAAGCAAUCUUCCAAGUGAUAUUAAAAAAAGAGUUGCGUUAACAAUAGAACAUUCUGUAACAUAGAAAAUAAUAUUGAUUCAAUAGAGAUAGAUGGAAAACGUAAUGAAGGUAAUUGAAGUAGUUUAAAUGAUGGUUUUAAUGGUAACUUUCUAUUGUGACUAGAAUAGCCAAACCUGGUAAGGCACUUCCCGUGCAAAGGAAGGAUGUAUGGGUUCAAAUCCCAUUUCUAGUCCACUGAAUGGAAUUAAUUAAAACCAUUGAUAGAGAAACACUACAGAGAUAUUGACAUAAAGAGCAUGAUGGAAAGCUUUUACAAUUUAUUUAAUCAAAGCACCUUUCUUUCACUGUAUUUUUCUUCUUUAAUCUGUCUCUCUCUAUUAUUUCUAUCUCUGCAAAUUGAUAUACCUAAAUAGACAAUUUUUUCAGAGAUAAAUAACCCUUUGGCACUAACUCUAUAUUGAGCAAGAAAAGAAAAAUCUUCUUUGAAUGCAUGAUAAAGAAGAUUUAUACCUAUACUUAUUGUAUUUGUAAGCAUAAAAAUAUUACUAUAUUAGUAUUUAAUUAUUCGAACCCUUAACAUGAUCUCUAGGAAUUAUGUAUUUUAUGUAGCGUUGGUUGCAACAUGGUGAGAAAAAAAAUUGAAAAAGGAAACGAAAGAAUUGAAGAAUUUAUUGAGAAAGAAAAUGACAAAAUAUUUUUUCUAAAAAUAUGAAAAUUCAAAAUUUUAACAGAUUUAUUAAAUUUUAGUAUUUAGCAACACUUCAAAUAUUUAUCACGAAUAUUUAAAAAAAAUUAGCAUUACUUAAUAUUUUACUGGAUGUAAUAUGCAAUCGUAUCUAACCCACUGAAGUUUAACAAUGAAAAAGAAGGAAAAA